AUGCCACCUGAGAAGAACCACACUGGGCCCAGGCGUGGUUGGCAGACUCUCAUGUCAGACAUGGUUAACAGCAAGGAGGAACCAGACGGGUCCAAAACGAAGAAGGGUUUUCAAAGUCCUUCUGGAGCAAUGGAGGCAGGGGUCACGGCUGAGUCCUGCCUCUCCUCUGGAAUCCUAUUGCGUGUCCCCGCUAUCCAGAACCUCCUCUCUUUCGACCCCUAUGCUGCUGCAAGUAAGAGUGAUGGCCUGCUUCCUGCUGGCACUGAGGAUUCUGUCCAUACAAGAAUUCAACAGAGAAACCACAGGAAGACCCUUACUCCUGCCCAAGGGAUCGCUGGUGGUUGUGAUAAAAAGAGACUAGUGAAGGCGUUUAAGAAGAAAUUUGCCUACAAUGACACUGUAAGUGAGCGACCAGAAUAUGGAGAAGUAAUUCAGCUUCAGGGUGACCAGGGCAAGAACAUAUGCCAGUUGCCAAUAGAGCCUGGACUGGCUAAGAAUGACCGUCUGAAGGGUCAUGGGUGUUAA